AUGGGUAAAGAGAAGGUACAUAUUAACAUUGUUGUCAUCGGACACGUCGACUCCGGUAAAUCAACCACAACUGGUCAUUUGAUCUACAAAUGUGGUGGUAUUGAUAAACGUACAAUUGAAAAAUUCGAAAAGGAAGCCCAAGAAAUGGGAAAAGGUUCUUUCAAAUAUGCAUGGGUAUUAGACAAACUGAAGGCUGAACGUGAACGUGGUAUCACCAUUGAUAUUGCCUUAUGGAAAUUCGAAACUGCCAGAUACUAUGUCACCAUCAUUGACGCACCUGGUCACAGAGAUUUCAUCAAAAACAUGAUCACUGGUACUUCCCAGGCUGAUUGUGCUGUACUUAUUGUCGCUGCUGGUACUGGAGAAUUCGAAGCUGGUAUUUCUAAGAAUGGACAAACUCGUGAACACGCUCUAUUGGCUUUCACCUUGGGUGUAAAACAAUUGAUCGUUGGUGUGAACAAGAUGGACUCUACUGAACCACCAUACAGCGAAAGCCGUUUCGAAGAAAUCAAGAAGGAAGUUAGCAGUUACAUCAAGAAAAUUGGUUACAACCCAGCUGCUGUUGCUUUCGUGCCCAUCUCAGGAUGGAAUGGAGACAACAUGUUGGAAGUUUCCGAAAAGAUGUCGUGGUUCAAGGGAUGGGCCGUUGAACGUAAAGAAGGAAAGGCUGACGGUAAAUGUUUGAUUGAAGCUUUAGACGCUAUCCUGCCACCCAGUCGUCCAACUGACAAGGCUCUCCGUCUCCCACUCCAGGAUGUCUACAAAAUUGGAGGUAUUGGAACAGUCCCAGUAGGUCGUGUAGAAACUGGUCUUUUGAAACCUGGUAUGGUUGUGGUUUUCGCACCAGCAAACAUAACCACUGAAGUUAAGUCCGUGGAGAUGCACCACGAAGCUUUAGUAGAAGCUUGCCCAGGAGACAAUGUUGGUUUCAACGUAAAGAACGUUUCAGUCAAAGAAUUGAGACGUGGUUUCGUUGCCGGAGACACAAAGAACAACCCACCCAAGGGUGCUGCUGAUUUCACUGCCCAAGUUAUUGUAUUGAACCACCCUGGUCAAAUUUCCAAUGGAUAUACUCCAGUGUUGGAUUGCCACACUGCCCACAUUGCUUGCAAAUUCGCAGAAAUCAAAGAGAAAUGUGACCGUCGUACUGGUAAAACUACUGAAGCUAACCCAAAAGCCAUCAAGUCUGGAGAUGCUGCCAUCAUCAACUUGGUACCAUCCAAGCCUUUGUGUGUUGAGGCUUUCUCAGAAUUCCCUCCCUUGGGACGUUUCGCUGUCCGUGACAUGAGGCAAACUGUUGCUGUUGGUGUCAUUAAGAGUGUAAACUUCAAAGAUUUGUCAGCUGGCAAAGUAACAAAGGCCGCUGAAAAGGCCCAGAAGAAGAAAUGA